AUCAAAUAUGUCUCAACCAUCCCAUUCUAUACCAUCAAAACACUCUGUUCUUUCUAAUGAAGAUAUAGAACAUGAUGAUCAUAUAACUCAUACAUUUGAGCAAUAUGAAUUUACUAAAACACAAAGUCCUUUACCACUUAAUGGUGUAAGAAGAAGAACUGCACCACUUUCAGCUGACAUGGGAGGAACAAUGACAAAAAUAGUCUUUUGGAUUCCAGGGGAUACUGAUAUUGAUCUUCCAAAAUAUGUUGAACCAGAAGAAUCAGUAAUGUCAGGGUUUGAUUUAUACCCCGACCCAGUGUUAAAAGUCACUAUGAAUUCAAAAGGGGAAAAUGAGCUUUGUUUUAUGAAAUUUCCAACAUCACAAAUUCCAGAAUUUAUUCAUUAUGCAAAAACAUCUAAAUUAAAAGAAAUUUAUGGGAUUGGUAAUCUUCAGAUUUUAAAUGUGACAGGAGGUGGUGCUUAUAAAUUUGCUAAUUUGUUAAAAGAUGAAAUGGAUCUUGAAGUACGUCAACAAGAUGAAAUGAGAUGUCUUGUUCUUGGAGUGAAUUUUUUGUUAUUAUGUUGUCAAGAGAAAUUAUGUUUUAGAUUUGUUAAUAAAACAAAAUUAUAUCGGGAAGUAACUCCUGAGAUUUUCCCAUAUUUACUUGUUAAUGUUGGAAGUGGAGUAUCUAUUCUCAAAGUUACUGCACCAGAGAAAUAUGAACGUGUUUCAGGGUCAUUAAUUGGAGGUGGAACAUUUUGGGGUUUAUGUUGUUUGUUAACCAAUUAUAAGUCAUUUGAUGAAAUGUUACAAGCUGCACAAUAUGGACAACAUCAAAAUGUUGAUUUAUAUGUUAAAGAUAUUUAUGGGAGAUGUUAUGAUAGUGUUGGACUUGCUGCUGAUAUGAUGGCAUCUUCUUUUGGUAAAAUUCAAAAAGUACCAUGUGGAGAGGCAAAAAACCAUUACAGUGAGGCUGAUAUUGCACAAGGUCUAAUGAUGAUGGUAUGUGGAAGUAUUGCACAUCUUGGAUUUGAAUUAACUAAACUUCAUCAUAUUAAUCGUAUUUUUUAUACAGGAGGAUUUGUUGCUCAUAACCCAGUUGUUUGGGAAGCAAUAACUACAAUGUUAACAACAUGGUCUUCAGGUUCAGUUGAUGCUAACUUUCUUGAAUAUGAUGGAUAUUUUGGCUCUAUUGGUGCACUUCUAUUAUCUGAGUAUGAAGAAGAACUAAUGUAA